GGCUGCAAACGUUGACUGCCAAACAAGUGUGAUCAGUGUAGAUUUAGACGUUUGAGGCUACAGAGCCCCCACUACGAUUCACCUCUCUCUAAAACGAAAUACAAUUGCAACAACAACAAUAAGACGUGCGACAAACGGUAAUCGAAAGAAACAGCGGUGCUUUUAGAGGCGUUUUAUUAAAUUCGCUGCAGAAGUGUGUAUGUGUGUGAGCGCGCGUUUCCAUGAUUUCUAUUUGUUAAUUGUACAUGAAUGGUUUCGGUCUCGGGUCAGAAAGCAGCACGAAUUGAAAAUAUCUGUGAUUCUAUUGCGUCUGUCUGCCUCAACGUCUUUGCGGUCUCAUAGUCAGCCGUGCGUGUUUGCCAAAUGUACAACCAAUGCUAAACAUUGGCAGCGACGACGGCAGCAAUAGAAUGUGCGGAAUAUGAAAUCGUGUGAAUUUUUUCCUCUUCUGCUGAAUGUUUUUUACUGCAGACAAUAUAAAAUGUAAAACAAAUCUCCCGAAAUAAUGCAAAAUGCCAACGAUGAAACGAUAUUUGAACAUUGCCUGCGAAUACCAUGGCCUAAGGAUAGCCACCGCAGCUUUAAUUUUAUCAUUGAUCCUUACAAAUCAACGAUGGAUGACAGGAGUAGCUGCUGUAGCCACAACGAGACGUAAUGUCAGUUGUAUUCCCUAUGAGGUUCAAUUUACCUGUGAUUGUGCCAUGUCAGAUGAGGACCUGGUGCUACCCCCACUGAUUGGUUCAGCCUAUCAAUUGGAAAUACGUAAUUGUAAAUCUUUUACAAUUGAUUCGAAUGUCCUAAGAGAUAUCCAGCAUCUGCACAAAAUUACUUUCAAGAAUGUGGAUAAUUUGGUACUCAAUCAAUAUGCCCUAUCUCUGCCAGACUAUAGCAGUAGUACACCAUUGAUACUAUCAUUUGAAAAGGUUAAGGUGAAGCUAAUCGAUUCUCUUGCCAUAAAUGGACAAAUUGAAGAAAUUACAUUUGUCGAUUGCUAUUUAGAAUCCGUAAGACCUUUUGCAUUUAAUAUUUUGAAAAACAAUGCCUUACGCUUUACCAUGGAUAAAGUAAGGAUUGAUAGAAUUGAUCCACAGGCCUUUAAAAAACUGGUUGUAGAAAAAAUUGACAUACACGAUUGUGUCUUCCUAACGAAUGUGCCAUCGAAGACGUUCUACGAUAUCGAAGUUACGGAUUCAUUUUUAUUGAACAAUGUUCGAUUUAGAACAGUUCACUCAAAAGCUUUUUCAUUUAAAAUGAUCUCUAAGUUAACUAUAGCCAAUAAUUACUUUGAAGCUAUCGAUGCAGAAUGGCUGGAAGCUUUUGUCAAGAAAAGUCCACAAAUUAGAGAUAAUUAUUUUGGAAACACAAGUGAAAUUUCCUUCAAAGCUAUUAGGGUGCAUCGCGACUAUGGCAGCAGUGAAAAAAUGGAGUUGCGUUUUAGCAACAACACCAUACGUUUUCCCUACGAUGUCCACCCAUUGGAGUUCAGUAGAGAUUUCACUCUCAACAUUAAACAAUUAAACUACGAUAAUCCAUAUCCCUGCACAGAUUAUGAUACAAAUCUACAGCCGCCCAGACCAAGAACUGAAUUUUUUAAUCAUUACCAACAUAAUAUCUAUUUUCGUCCAGACGCGGAAGCAUCCGGGCCACCAUCUAAUGGCCAGCAGCAAAUAACCUCAAAGAAUAACUUUAAGGCCUUACAUGAAAUUCUGGCAGGUGAUUGCAAUCGCUUCCCCUACUGGAUAUACAUAAUAAUAGGCAUGGCCAUAUUGAUAGUGGUAAUAGCCUUGAUUCUGAUCAUUGCCUGUUGGCAUGUGAGUAAAAAACGCAGAGCCAAAAGAAAAAUGGACAUUAUACAACCGGAACCGCGUACCUACAAGGAAACCCAGAUAGUUUAUCAAAUUGAAAAUGCCGGACUACUAAAGACUGACUUUUAAAGCUUGUAAAGAGUUAAGGGAUCGAUAAAGGGAGCGCGAAAUGCUGCUUCGAAAUAGAUUUGUUGUUGUUGUUGCAAAUUAAAGACGCUAAAAAACACCGAAAUUCCACCAAAAAUCAAAUAUUUAAUAUUUUUUAAUUAAUUUAAUUCUUAUUAAACCAAAUAAAUUUCUUAAGUUAAAAAAAAAUUGUUAAUAAUUGUAUGUAUUUAAUUGCUUAUAAUAUGUAGGUUAUUUAUAUUCAAAAACAAAAUAUUGCAUAACAGAUAAAAAACCGAAACAAAACUUGUAUAUAAUUAUUUAAAUAGGUACUAAGAAAGAAUUGGAAAAUAAAUAAAAUAAUAAUGCCAUCCUUAUUAAAGGCAUUUCUUAAA